AUGAUCUUACUUGAGCAGAACAAUAGGAUUAUUAGCGAGUUGUUGGAUUUGAAGUUCACUAACGCAAAAGAAGGUGGAAAGCCCGACAACGUUGACGCUAAAUUUGCCGAUUUUGAUGGUGUCGUCUACCAUGCUUCAAACCCGGAUGGUGAUAAAACCAAAAUUCGUUUGAGCAUCUCACUGAAGUUCUUCAAAGAACUCCAGGAGCACGGUACAGAUGCUCUUCUUCGCCGGGAAUACGGUUCAUAUCUUACUACUCCAGAACCUGGCUACAAUGUGUCUUUGAUUUUCGAUCUCACCAAUCUUCCUGCUGACCACAGUAAUCUUAUUGAAAAAGCGUCUGCCUUGAAAAGGAACUGCUUCGCUUCUGUUUUUGAGAAGUAUUUCGAGUUCCAAGAAGCUGGACAAGAAGGCCAGAAGAGGGCUGUCAUCAACUACAGAGAAGAUGAAACCAUGUUAGCUUGUCUUUCACAAUGGUGUUUCUUGUUUUCACUUUUAUAUGAUAAAUUGGUCUAG